UCCGACGGCUGACAUUCUUGUACAAUCUUUCGAUUCCGUCUGCCUAGUGAUACUAUAUCUGAACAUUGUUGUGUUGAACACCGUUUCACCUCCUGAUUUUCACCACGACAAACUACCUCUCCACCUUGACACUUCCGUCAUGGCCGAUGUGGGGGAUCGCAUGUUUUGUCAUGCCUGUGGCGGGGUCUGGCUACGCAGAGAUUAUGGGCUGGAGUGCCCACACUGUCACUCUGAAUUCACCGAAAUUAUUGAAAUUCCGCCAGAUACGGAAGAGGAAGUCCCCGACCCUCCAACAUCCGUUCCUGAGGACCGGCCAGCUCCCCCAAGAAACCCAUGGGCAGAUCACAACCCCUGGGAUCAUGAUGAUUUGGAUAGAGACACCCCUGACUGGGGCUCAGGCAAUGGGUUCCGUCACCGCACGUACAGAUCUCCGGACGGCCGGUUUACUUUUUCCAGCACUACAUACACACGCCGUGGUUCGUCUGGUCAGCAAAUGCCGGCGGAUCCUCUGAUGCCUAUGGUGCGCGGCUUGGACACUAUCUUUCAUGGGUUGGCCGACACCUACCGGCAGACGGAGUACAGGCAACCGAAUGAGCGAGAUUCAUCACCGGGAAUAUGGAGGAGCGACAGACAGAGCCAAGGGUUCAGCCCAAAUGGUUCGAGGGUAUACAGCACAUCGUUUGAUAUCGACAUGAACACGCGGAGUAAUGGGAGCAUGGGGUCCGAGUUCAAUACGACAGGGGGACUGCAUCCUCGUGACGCAGAUGGUCCACAGCCUAUGGGUACUCCCCUACGAACUCUGGGCGAUAUUCUUGAGCUGUUCCGAGCCGAUUUCGGAAACAAUGGACCAACAGGAAAUGGCCCCGGAGUCCGUGUCAUGACCGGGCCGAAUCCCCUUGCGAUUUUGUCGACUCUCCUCAACCUUGAUCGGCAUGGCGAUGCGGUCUACUCGCAAGAAGAGCUGGACCGGGUAAUAUCACAGUUGAUUGAUCAAAACGCACGCGGGACAGCACCACCACCCGCUGCUCCCAAUGCGAUCCAGUCUCUGCCGAAGAAGAAAGUUGAUCAGGAGAUGCUAGGUAGCGAAGGCAAGGCAGAAUGUUCGAUAUGCAUGGACCCGGUGGAAUUAGGCACGGAGGUCACGGUACUACCCUGCAAGCACUGGUUCCACUACACGUGCAUCGAGAUGUGGCUGAGCCAGCACAAUACGUGUCCCCACUGCCGGCGAGGCAUCAACAUUCCGGCAGAACCCGAAGGAACCAGCGAGAACCCGGUAGUCAUAAACAGUAGCCCGGAGACGUCACCCCGUCGUCCGAGUGGCGCUGCUCCCGAGCAUAGCGGACAGUCGCCGCCACAGUGGUACGGGACUGGGCCAGAGAUGGGAGGACAAGAACAGGAUCAAGGACGAUCCAGUCGGAAUGACAAUCAAGGUGGAGGCUUCGCUGGUUGGGUUCGAAGCCAUUUCGGAGGAGGCAACCAGUAACGUUGUCUCCGUCUUUCACGAUGCGACACCUUUCAUGUUCUUUGCUUUGAUACGGUCAUGGCAGGUCUUUCGGUCCAGCUACGGGAAGUGAUAUAGAGCUGGGAUCCAUGGUAAAUUGGACAAUGGGUGGAAUGGACAUAUAAGAGUCACUCUGGAAGUGUUACGCAGUAAUGAACCGUUUAUUUUUUUGGUUAUCAAGCCGGAGGAGACAUAGAUAAGUCGA